UUGUUCAAAACAAAACGAUCAGUCUCGAAGAAGUACAAGUGCUCAGGAUAAUGUGGGAGGAAAAAAGUAUUGUUAUUAAAUAAUUUUUGUAAUAAAACUUUACUCAUGUCUGAAGGCGUAAUAUUGGGAGAUGCAUUUCAUUUGCGCCUCUGUUGUGUUUACACGGUUAAAAUUGAGUUCGUGAAACGUUAUGGUCGUUGUUGUUAGUGUUAAGGCUGACUGAAGUCCACCGUGCUCCGUUAUUUUAUAUACACCUUAACUUACUGGCUUUGUCGACAUGCGACUGGUCAGGUCUGGCUGUUUAGUGCGAACAACUCACAUUAUCCUCACCUGGCUCACAACUUUGAUUCUCUUUCUUCAUAAUACAGACCUUCGAAAAUGUGAAGAAAGAGGAGAGCUUCUGCAGCCAGUACUGUUUGGCUCGGUUGUCCUUCUUUCAGUGAUGAUGUAUUUCACGGUAUCACUCAUGGAUCCAGGUUUUGUUCUCUCUGACAGUAACGCUCAGUCUACUAUAGAGGAUGAUGGAGAAUUGGAGAAAAUGAUACCACACAGGGAGAGCUCCCAGGGCCGGAGACGCUGUGGUUACUGUUUUUUAAUGCAACCAAUGAGGGCGAGACACUGCAAGGAAUGUAAGCGGUGUGUCAGACGCUACGAUCAUCACUGCCCGUGGAUAGAGAACUGUGUUGGAGAGAGGAAUCACAGAUGGUUCUUGCUCUAUUUGUGCGUUCAAUUACUAGCUGUGUCCUGGGGACUUCAAAUUGCUUGGUCUGGCAUCACCUUUGCACCCACCUGGCAGCAGUGGUUCAUUCAGAAUGGUUUCCUGCUUGGAGCCCUUGCUGUGACGGGAAUAUUUUCUGUGGUUGUGCUGCUGCUGCUGUGCAUACACCUUUACCUAGCAGCCAUUAACACUACCACCUGGGAGUUUAUGUCACGCCACCGUAUCUCCUACCUCAAAACCUGCGACUCUGAAGAGAACCCCUUUGAUAGAGGCGUGAUCUGCAACCUGUGGGACUUUUUCUGUGUCUGUCGGACUGUGGCGUGGGAGAGAGUGCACUCGAAAAGGAGUAACGGUGCCGUGUGACAAAGAUGCAGGACUCUUUAAAAUAGCAGUUUGAUGUACUAUUCCUAUUAUCCUAUGGCCAUCAGUGCUUCACGUUAUGCAGACCCCUCAAUCAAAUCAGUACAUGCCACUGAAUCGCUCAGCAAAGGAGAGUGAGCUUCCAGUUGUAUCCGACUAAUGAGCCACUCAGAAGCCAGGAACGAUAUAGUACACCAUUGCAAGAUGCACCCUGAUCUGAUUCUUUGAAAUUGUACUGUAAAUUGACAUUAUUGGCCUUAUUUUUAGGCUUCACCAAAUAAAAUAUGUUUACACUUUU